AUGGGGAAGAGGAUCGACAACCAACCGUUUGGCUUCCCUGUGAGGAGAUCGAUGCUACUUGAUCCAUCAUUCAUCAUCUCGCUAACCGUUGGCUAUCAUCUCAGUAAUUUCUCAAGCUUCGUUCGUCAACUUAACAUGUACGGCUUUCACAAGGUCAACAAAACCCCCCGAGGUCAACGAGGAAACGAUAACUCGGCUGCUUGGGAAUUCGUUCGUCCUAAAUUCCAUCGAGGACGACCUGAUCUACUGGAACAGAUUUGGAGAAAGACCCUAGAUAGCGAGUCUGGCUCUCAAUCUUCUCGUACUAAAGAUCCAGCCCUCACCAAUCAAUCUCAGCCUUCACCCACCACCCAGAGGUUCCCCUUGGAUCACGUCUCCUGUCUUCCCACCCUCACACGACCACAUCCCAGUACCCAACUCGUUCAUGCCUCCUCUAGCCCAUUCUUCUCACAUCUCCACCAGCGAACCAAGUCCAACUGUCAGUCAGAGCUCGCCCCGGCAGCUCCUGGGGCUACCUUCAACGUUCCUGAUAUCUUGAACACUCCGCUACCGUCCAACGCUCUAUUCGAGACUAGGCCCAAUCCGACGAUCGGCCCUAAUACCGAUCACUCACAGGUACGGAUCACUUGA